AUGCUUGAUCCGCGGCGCGACCCGGGGCCCUACGACACAGACGCCCCGCUGUGGAGAUAUGACCAACGACGAAACGUUGCUGCAAAUUUGACGUAUCUACAUUUUUCAUCAGUUGGCGUUGUGCGGGGUAUAUCACAGCUUCACAUCGCCAUAUAUGAACAUCCCGUCGUCAUCUGGCACCAGAAUCUGGUUGGGACCAUGGCAGUAAACCGGAUUGAAGGGGACGAGGAGCUCCACGUCGGGGGCAUCUGGGCCCUGAAAAGACCCUCGGCCCUUGCGGAGCGGGGCAUCACUCACGUUCUCUCCGUCGUGCGUUGCAGUCCCUCCGAGGAAUGGGGACACAGGUACAGGCACAUGGUCAUUGACGUCGACGACGUAGACGACGAGGACCUGUUAUCCGAAUUGCCUCGCGCGGUGCGAUUCAUCGAAGCGGCCCUCCACCCGGAAACCGCCCGGGGCGACGCUGCCAAGAAGGACCAGGCGACGGGUGAGGACGACGAGGAUCGCCGUGGGAUGACGAGCGACGCCGAGAGGAGCGACAUGCGCUCACGACUAUCCGACAGCCCCGACGCCAUCGUCCCAGCACCGGCUCUCGAGGGCCUGGCGCUUGCCGACCCCGCCUCCCCGUCCGCCCCGGGCGCCGUCUUCGUGCACUGCGCCAUGGGAAAGUCCCGAUCCGUCGCCGUGACGGCCGCUUACCUGCUGUACAAGCACCCUGCCAAGUUUGGCCGCGCGUCGCACGAAAACGCGGCGGCGGCAGCCUCACGCGCCGCGCCGACGCCCGCCGCCAAGGCCGCCGUGGAAGCGGCCGUGGCGCACAUUCGUCGGGCGCGCGAGAUUGCGGAACCCAACGACGGGUUCAUGAGUCAGCUGGAGCUGUGGUGGGAUAUGGGAUGCCCCGCGGCGCCCGGGCGGCUGGAGGCGAACCCGGCUUACCAGCGCUGGUGCUACCGGCGGGAAGUGGAGCGGAGCCUCGCGGUCGGGGAAGCGCCUUCGAGGAUCCGGUUCGAGGACGAGGAGAGGGGCGGGGAGGCUGUCUCUGCUACGUCGGCGGCCGCGGCGAGGAGGGAGGAGGGCAGGGAACUACGGUGUAAGAAGUGCCGGCGGGUACUCGCUACGGCGGGCUUUGUGGUGGAUCAUCAGCCCGACGCGCGCGGGGCACAUGAGAGAUAUCCCGGACAACAACGACAGCAGCAGCGGCAGCAGGAGCAGCAACAGCAACAACAACAACAAUGUCAGCAUUUCUUCGUCGAGGCGCUCGGGUGGAUGCGCGGCGCUCUGGAGACGGGGGAGCUGGAAGGGCGUCUUACGUGUCCCAACGAGCGGUGCGGGGCGAGCCUGGGACGGUAUAGCUGGAAAGGGUUUAAGUGCAACUGCGGUGGGUGGGUGAUUCCGGCGUUCAGCUUGGCGCGGGGGCGAGUAGACGAGGUGAAGACCGGAGUAGGGCGAGGGAGAGGCGGGGUAGACGCCAAGUCUGCGGCGGCUGCCAGGGUGGCCAUGGGCAUUCGAAUGCCGCCUUCUGUGGCGCCCAGAGGAAGCAACGGAGGGAAUGGAAGACUCUGAAUUGGGAGCUUUGCUGGAACCUGGAACCUUGAAAUGAAAAUGAAUUCUGGCCGCCGUCCAGUCGUUCAUUCGAAUCCCGCCGUGCCUCCUCAGCUUCCAUCAUGCAUGAGGCAGCGGAAAGUUCUCACCGUCUUCCAAGUUCUUACCUAACCCUUUCCCUUCUCCCUCUCCCUCUCCCUCUCCCUCUCCCGGCCCUGCCCGACUCCCAUGCAAAUUCAUUUAUUGUCUACCGAUAUUGCCUACCGAUAUUGUCUACCGAUAUUGCUUGGCUGGCGGCAUACACGCCGGCGAUGGCUGACCAAUGUCAUCUGGGCAACAUUACUCCCCCUUUCCUCAGUAUGUCUCAGUCAGGGCCACAUUUACAUCAAACAAUCACCAAUC